UACCACCUGAUAAGCAUCUUGAUUCACCAUGGCAUUGGCAGCAGUAAAAUGGGCGAUAUCAAUCAGAACUAUCUUGAAACAUUUAUUUCCAAUUCAAAAUGGAGCCUUAUAUUGUGUUUGUCAUAAAACUAUGUAUUCUUCUCUUCCAGAUGACUAUAAUUGCAAAGUAGAGCUUGCUUUGACAUCUGAUGGCAAGACAAUAGUAUGCUAUCACCCUUCUGUGGACAUUCCAUAUGAACACACAAAACCUAUCCCUCGGCCAGAUCCUGUGCAGAAUAAUGAAGAAACACAUGAUCUAGUGCUGAAAACCAGAUUAGAAGAAAAAGGUGAACACUUAGAGCAAGGACCCAUGAUAGAACAACUUAGCAAAAUGUUCUUUACUACUAAGCACCGUUGGUAUCCUCGUGGACAGUAUCAUAGACGUCGUAGGAAACUGAAUCCUCCAAAAGACAGAUGAUAUUGAGGUUUUCAGGAAUCAAAGAGAAAUGUUAUCCUGCGUCUCAUUUGCCAUUUGAGAAAAUACAAUUGGGUAUAUUCACUAAUAUGUUAUAUAGUAAAAUAA